UGCGUCCUUGCUAGGCGCAGAUCCGGCUCUUUGACAAUUGCUUCUGCGGGAAGGCGGCAGUUAGGAAUUUGGGGAGGACUGGGAACGAGCUAUAAUUCUCUCAGCGGUCUUUCCUCCCCUGGAGUUUGAAAUGCUUUACCUCAUCGGCUUGGGCCUGGGAGAUGCCAAGGACAUCACAGUCAAAGGCCUGGAAGUUGUAAGAAGCUGCAGUCGAGUGUAUCUGGAAGCCUACACCUCAGUCCUGACUGUAGGGAAGGAAGCCUUGGAAGAGUUUUAUGGAAGAAAAUUGAUUCUUGCUGAUAGAGAAGAAGUGGAACAAGAAGCAGAUAAUAUUUUAAAGGAUGCUGAUAUCAGUGAUGUUGCAUUCCUUGUGGUGGGUGAUCCAUUUGGGGCUACAACACACAGUGAUCUUGUUCUGAGAGCGACAAAGCAGGGAAUCCCUUAUCGUGUUAUUCACAAUGCUUCCAUAAUGAAUGCUGUAGGCUGCUGUGGUUUACAGUUGUAUAAGUUUGGAGAGACAGUUUCUAUUGUUUUUUGGACAGACACUUGGAGACCAGAAAGCUUCUUUGACAAAGUGAAGAAGAACAGACAAAAUGACAUGCACACAUUAUGCUUACUAGACAUAAAAGUAAAGGAGCAGUCUCUGGAAAAUCUAAUCAAAGGAAGGAAGAUCUAUGAACCUCCUCGGUAUAUGAGUGUAAACCAAGCAGCCCAGCAGCUUCUGGAGAUUGUUCAAAAUCAGAGAAAACGAGGAGAAGAACCAGCAGUUACUGAGGAGACACUCUGUGUUGGCUUAGCCAGAGUUGGAGCUGAGGACCAGAAAAUUGCAGCAGGCACUUUACAGCAAAUGUGUACUGUGGACUUGGGAGAACCAUUGCAUUCCUUGAUAAUCACAGGAGGCAGCAUGCAUCCGCUGGAGAUGGAGAUGUUAAGUCUGUUUUCCAUACCAGAAAAUAGCUGAGUCCCAAAGCAUCGAUGGAUUCUGAACAUAGACAUUUUCUAUAAUCUUAUGUUAAUUUCAGCCCUAUAUGGGUGUACACGUUUGUAUAACAAAUAAAACAGGUAUUUUAGUGUAUCUAAUAAGUGUAAAACAAACGACAGAAAAAAAAAAAAGAAGUUGACUCAACAGUGCUUGGUUUGCUGUGGCAAUGAGUUUUUCCCUAUGAUAUCAUUCAUUGUUGCUGCUAUUUCGACAGUUUUUGAGGAUACACACGCAAGGAGCAGACCAAGCUGGAAAACUAGUGGAUUGACAGCCAUUAGACAAGAUCAUUUAAAAGCAGUUUUUACUUAUGAAACCAGUUUAUACAAGAUGGUUGUUACAGAGUAUAACUUAGAGAUUAACUGGAAUGUGAAUCACUUAAAUCCCAGUUUUAAAGGGUAAGAAAUAUGAAGAGUGGCAAGAAAAGCAAAUAAAAGAUAAUACUAACAGUUCACAUAAUAUUUUUAUAAUUUUCUUCUUUCUUAAAAAGUCAGCUGUCCUGACUGCAAGAUGCGUUGUCCUGAUAGCAGCUGCAAGAAUAAGUCUCUACCCAGCUGUCUUACUUACUUAAAGCUCAGCUCAGUACGUGCCACAAAAUGACACCUUUCUGAAUUAGCUGUCUUGGUUAGCUGACAUCCUAAUUAUGUGGCUCAUAUUCUGCUGUAUUUAGAGGUUAUGUAAUUGUUUAAUUAUAAAUGUUUAGCCAGCCAUGUAUAGAUGCUGUUUGUUUUUAAAUAGCGUCUUUCACAUCCAAGCAGUUAAAUGGAAAACUUGCUGACUAUAAAAUAAAAUUUAAAAAAAUUUAAGUUUGAAGGUAAUAAUGGAUUAGUCAAGAUUUGUCAUAGCACUUAAUUCAGUUACUAUGUCAUUUAUAUAUUGAUAAUCUAUACACAUACACACACACAUGCAAAGUAGUCAUACUGUUCUUAUAGUUUUAAAUAACACUCCAUUUAUUAUAUUUCAUGGCCAUAGAGUUUUAUACUUUUUGUCAGUUCAGAAUAAAAAUAGCUUUGUUACAUGAUAGUUCAGUUGGUCCAACUCUGAGUAUUUUCACGGCUUAAUCAAUUUAUCUGAGCUUUUUGCUUAGUAAAUUUGUUGAAAGUUGAACAAAAAUUUUCCUGCUUCCUGGAAUCAUCAGUUAGCUAAAGAUUAUUUUGACUGAUUUUAUUUCAUUUUGGAUAAAAUAUGUUUUAAUGUAUAUGAAACAUUCCAUUUUCAAUCUGUUAGACAAAAGGGAAGAGAGCCAAGUAUAUUUAAGUACCAGUUUCAUAUUAUUUUCUUCUGAGGUGUUGAACUAAACACUUAAGAGUUAUUAAAUGAAAGACUUCUGAUUUUGGUAAUAGUGGAAUGGCUUGCAAUGUACAAACCCUCCCAGUGAUAAACUCUGUACCAAAUAUAAUAAAAUAUAAUAAACAAUUGUCUAAUGAUACUAGGGAGUCACUGAAAGCAGGCUGAAAAGUAUGCUUGUGUGGCUUUU